AACAACACACAAAAAUGACAAAAAUUGGAAUUUUAAAAAUAUAAUCAAAAUCUAUAAUUACAGUUUUAUUUAAUAAUUUUGCUAGUACGGAGUUAUUUUAUUUGAAGGACGGCUAGAAUAGCUUAACAAAAAAAAAUGAUUUAAACAUGCAGGAAAAAAAAAAACAAUCAAUAUCAUAUCAUUUGGGCUUAUUGGAGUCCAAAAUCUCCAUUGUCUACUAUUAUGACAACUAUUAUUAUGAUUAAUUGAUUAUAUAUCUAAUAUCAACGACCAAUCAAAAAAAUUAAAAAUGGAUGUCACUGUAAUUAAAAAUGGAAUUAGUACAUACGUAUUUUAGUCAAGAGUCACAAUUCACAAGUAACAAGUUUACUUGUCCCUCUUCCUUGUGGCAACUUUUUACGUCUACCAUGACGUCUUUUAUCCUACGUUGUAGCUUUUUUGCCCUAUAUAAACUCCUUUGCUCUUUUCAUUCUAUCAUACUCACUUCAACCAAUAUUCACAAAAACUUCCCAAUUUACUUGGCUAAAAAAAAAACUCAGCUUUCUGCAAUAUUUUUGUUACAUUAAAUUUGUUUUAUUAAAUUUGUUUUUUCUUACAACAUUAUCUUUACGACGAUAAACAAUGGCGAGAAGAGAGAAAGAUUUGGCUGCGUUGCAAUUCAUUGAGGAGGUGACGAGCCAAUGUGAGGAGGUGCAAAGGGAGGUUUUGGCUCAUAUUUUGAGCCGAAACGCCGACACCGAGUACUUGAAACGUUAUGGGAUGAAAGGGUGUGUUGAUAUUGAGACUUUUAAGAAUAAGGUUCCAGUGGUGACGUACGAGGAUAUUCAGCCUGAUAUCCAACGUAUUGCUAAUGGGGAUUUUUCUCCUAUUCUUUGCGCCCAACCAAUCACCGAAUUUCUUACUAGCUCUGGAACUUCAGCAGGAGAGAGAAAAUUGAUGCCAACAACUGCUGAGGAGAUGGAUAGGAGGCAACUGCUUUACAGCCUUCUCAUGCCUGUUAUGAACCAAGACAAAGGAAAAGGCCUCUACUUCUUAUUCAUCAAGUCCGAAACAAAAACUCCAGGAGGCCUAGUGGCUCGUCCAGUUCUCACAAGCUACUACAAAAGUAGCCACUUCAAGAACCGGCCUUACGAUCCUUACAACGUCUAUACUAGUCCUAACGAGGCGAUACUUUGCCCCGACUCUUUCCAGUCCAUGUACACCCAAAUGUUAUGUGGCCUAUACGAGCGCCACGAGGUGCUCCGUGUGGGAGCAGUGUUUGCCUCCGGCCUCCUCCGAGCCAUCCGUUUCCUCCAAGUCCACUUCCACGACCUUUGCCACGAUAUAGCCAAUGGAACCCUUAGCUCAAUGAUCACUAACUCGGGCCUGCGGGCUUGCAUGAGUAAGAUCAUGAGGCCCGACCCGGAACUUGCGGAGUUCAUUAUCCAUGCAUGUGAGGGUGAGAAUUGGGAAGGGAUAAUAAAGAGGAUUUGGCCUAAUACAAAGUACUUGGAAGUGAUUGUGACGGGUGCCAUGGCCCAAUAUAUACCUACAUUGGAUUAUUAUAGUGGUGGCCUACCUAAGGCAUGUACUAUGUAUGCUUCCUCGGAGUGUUUCUUUGGACUUAACUUGAACCCAAUGUGUGCCCCCUCAGAGGUUUCCUACACUAUAUUACCUAAUAUGGCGUAUUUCGAGUUCAUCCCACUCGACGACAACUCGGGCUCUCAGCUUGUAAACUUGGCCGAUGUGGAGGUCGGAAAGGAGUAUGAGCUUGUAGUCACCACACACUCAGGAUUGUACAGGUACCAAGUUGGGGAUGUGCUAUACGUGACAGGGUUCUACAACUCAGCACCGCAAUUCAAGUUUGUUAGGAGGAAGAACGUUCUACUCAGUAUCGAUUCGGAUAAAACCGACGAGUCAGAGUUGCAAAGCGCGAUUGAAAGCGCUUCAGCUUUGCUCAAACCCUUCAACACAAGCGUUGUUGAGUACACAAGCUAUGCGGACACCAAGUCUAUACCAGGACAUUAUGUCCUUUAUUGGGAGCUUUUAACAAAAGAUCCUACAAAUGGGCCGGAUCAUGAGGUAUUGGGCCAGUGUUGUCUAGCCAUUGAGGAGGCCCUUAACUCGGUUUACCGACAAUGUCGGGUUUCGGACCGUUCAAUUGGGCCACUUGAGAUCCGAGUGGUGAAGAAUGGAACAUUUGAGGAGUUGAUGGACUAUGCAAUAUCAAGAGGAGCAUCUAUUAACCAGUACAAAGCACCUAGAUGUGUUAAUGUUAAGCCCAUUAUUGAGUUACUGGACUCCAGAGUAGUUUCAGCCCAUUUCAGCCCUUCUAUGCCUCAUUGGAGCCCACAAAGAGGUCCCGUUUAAGCCCAUUAAAAUGUAUCUGUUAGUUUGUUAGCGGACACUGGGCUAUAGAUAGCAGUAUUGUAGCACGUUGUUUGACUUGUACCCGGUGACAGGUGUACAUUGUGUUUAAUUAUCUGUUUUUACAGAAAAUAAAUUACUCUGUUGUUAAUUUUCUUUCAUUUUCAGUGAUGUAUCACUCAGAAUUCCAAAAUGUCGUUAUCUUAACAUAUUGCUUGGUACUACUGUUUUAGCGCUAUUCAA